UCAAAUGGUUCUAUUCACCGGAUUCGAACAUUAAAUUCCAAACUUUUCAACCUCCGUCUCCGUUUCUCUUCACCCCACCACCCCUUUUGCCGUGCGCAGUGUGCAAGUAGUCUGUUUCAAGUAGCUUAGCAUUUGAUUCUUUUGUCAAUUAUUGCACGAAGCCAUCUAAAAUGAUUGUAAAGAUGUUCAUGAAUACUAAAUAUUUUGUAUAAUGAAGUAGAUCAUUAAAAUGUGUUAUCAGGUUUUGUGGAAUGGUGGGGGAGUAGGGGGCGCGCCGUUUUUUACACAUCUGUAAAGGGAACCCAUAUUCAUUAAUUAAAUAGCUUAGUCCAUGUAGGCCUCAAUUUGCGCUGUUGAGCAGGCAGCGGGUGGUGUAAUACUGGAUCCCCGAUUGGCAGCCCACAAUCCGAGGGAUAAGGGAAGCACUCGAGGCCGAUGUUUUGGACGGAAUAUCUAAAGCCUACAGUAUCUAUUUGUAGUAGAUCGGUAUACUUCCGAAUGUGUAGCCAUGUACACCUGGGCUUAGUUUUUUUUUCUCAGGCUAGUUGAGGAAGGUUGACAGCGACGGGUUAAGUUCUUGUUAGCUAGUAGGCUAAGUGCCACGACUGUUAUUUUGGUCCUUUUGUUUAAUUUCGCAACGUUAAUGAAUAGACAAUGCGGUACGUAGUUUCGAGUCUCAGUUUUUAACCGUCUUUAUAAUUGCAGGACAGAGUUGGUGUGUUUCUUGCAUUUCAUAACAUAAGCUAGAAACAACUAUUGCGACGUUGAUAGCUUGGCUAACUAACGUUAGCUAGCUUGCUAGCUAAUUGAUUCAACACUUCGGCGUAGCUAAUUAGGUUGGACGUUAAUUAGCUAAAGAAUCACGAGCCAUUUGGGCAUUUUUAUCCACACCGUUGUUAUAUAAAGCCUUAAACUAUGUUUUAUUACUCACUGCACUUUCUCAACUAUAAUAAUCAUGCAACCUUGCUGGUAAAACGAUAUUUUCUGGGCACGGCUAGAUAAUUGGUGAGGACGGAAGUGGGCAAAUACAAGUGUUGGUAUUUGGGAUUUGUUUUUGUUUUUAUCGCGCCUCGAUUAAUUUAGUAGUAUUCAAAUUUGGAUCUUAAUAAUAGCGAGUAUGUAAGUCGUUAAACAUAACCACAAAUUUUAAUUUCUGCCGAGUAGCAUUGGAAAAGGACAAUACUGCAUUGAGUUCUCAUGGAGGAGUCUGGUGAGACAGUGUGCAGUGACAGCAACAGAGUGGCGGUGUGGUUGUGCCCCCUGUGUCAACAAGGGUUACCAGACAGGGGCUCCCUUGCUCUGCACCUGAAUGAUGGGCAUAGUGUGCUUCCUAACUGUGUAGACAAGUUGCUGGACAUUGCUGCUCCCAAACAGGGGGCGAGUGGAGUGGACACUGAUGUUAAGCAUGAUACAGAUGCUGCAUCAUUACAACGGAAGCUUUUAGAAGCUUCAGCCUCCCUCUCAGACCCAUGUCAAAAUAAUGAGAACUCUGAAGGACCCCAGCAGAAUUACAACAGUAGGCACACUCUCAUUGGGUUUGGCGACAAAGAUAAAGAGAUGGAUAAGGAAGUCGGAGUGAAAGACCCGGAGGGAGGUGUAGUUGUCUUGGAGUCGGAUCAGGAGAGGGAUCAGUCCACAGAAACACCUGUCGACAAUGAAAAGUCCACAGGAAAAAAUGGUGUAAUGGCUGAUGGCGAUGACAGCCGUCCAUUCAAAUGUAAUGCGUGCUUAGAGGCUUUUCCUACCAGGACCACAUUGUGUGUUCACUACAACUCGGCAUCCCAUGUGCAACGGAUGAGAACAGGAUCCCUAAAACAGGGUGGUGAAAAUGACACCCCUGCUCCCUCUGUCCCUUUUCUGUCUCGGCCAUAUUUAUCAAACAAGCCCUACCAGUGCGCUGUGUGUCGAGUCUCUUACAACCAUGCCAUUACCCUGGAGAGUCAUUUGAAAUCUGUUUUGCACCAGACCCGCAGCAGAAAUGCAGGAAUCUCUGCCAACAGUGCAACUGGAAAUUCGGGAAGUAACAUGGCUACUAACUUAGUUGUUACCUCUGGGGGCAGCACUGCACAGUUGGUUUGCACCACCAGCAGCAAUUGUGUCAUCCCGGCAAGCCUGACAGCAGCAGCAAUGACUACCAAAGACGGAGAACCUAUUCAAACUCAGCUGGCUCCCUCGCUGCUUUCGUCCCCUGUAGCCUCUGCUCAGGCAGUCUCUGCCUUUCUCACCCUCCUCACGUCCAGCCCAAGCUCUCUCUCGCACUCCCUCCUCCCCUCUCUGUUUGCGGCUGGGACGUCCCCUGCCACAGCCACACCUCAGCUCAUACCCCAGCAUCAGAUGCUCAUGCCAUUUAUCGUGAAUGGGCUCCAAAGCCAGAGUCUAAACCCAGAGCUUUUGACACAGUCUGUUCCCCUUCUAGGUCUCAAUGCUGCCCAGCAAGCUAUCCUGGCCCAAAGACUCAGUAGCUUACAGAACCAGUGGCCAGCUGUCGGCCUCCAAGUAACCACACAAACCUGUUCAGAAGACAACCAAACAAACAAGAGCAAAUUGAAGGAAGAGACGAACAAGACGACAAUUGAGGAGAAAAGGUCCCUUAAGUCUGAAAAGGGGAGAAAUUGGCCCCUGGAAUAUGAUGGAGAAAGAGAGAUUUGUGAGGAGGAUAGUAAAGGAUAUGCACAAGAGCUCAUCAGCGCCUUAGUAAACAAAAAUAACAGGGUUGAGUCAUUUAGGAUAGAUGGCGAUAAUGAAAUGAAAGAUGGUACAACAUACGAAGGGAACUCUGCAGAUGGAAAAGGGGAGGACAUUGACAAGUGUUUUGACCGCUCACCGUCUGUUACCAGCAACUCAAGCCUAAGUCCUACCACUUUAAAUCUUAUGCUUAGCCCUGAUUGUACCCUUAAAAAAUCAGAAGUUGGCACAAGCCAUUGUGUCUCUGUGUUGUCACCAAAAUUGAGCCCCUUUAAACACGCCUUAAAUUCCUCUGAUCCAACUCAUCCCCAUGCUAAUUUGAGGGCUCGGCACUUCUCCCCAGGGUCCCCGAUACUGUCAGAGUUCCAGAUACAGGUUCUGCGUGCGUUUCUGGAGUCGCGUAGUGGGGCUGACGCAGCCAGUCCUCCCCGUGAUGACUGUGAGUCGUUGGGCAGGGAGGUGGGGCUCACUGAGGCGGAGGUACACAAGUGGCUCACUGACGCCCGACGCGCCAAAGAAAAGCAGAAAGCUGGGGGCGCAGGGCACAUGCGCAGCAUUGCAGCCUACGGUAAAAGAAACAAGCGUCUUGAUAACGAAGAGGGGGAAGGUGCCCUUACAAUAGAUAUGCUUGAGGGAAGGGACAGCGGUGAGGCCUCUGGCAGUCACGCAAUGGAUCUGUCCAAUAGUGGAGGAAGGAGGAAAGAGUUGGGGAGGGAGAGCCAAGGGGACUCGUGUCUGGCCUCUGAUUCAGACAAUGAAGAAUUCUACACCUCUGUCAUCGUGAGUGAGGAGGACAGCCUGAGUGGCUCCAUGAGGGAGGGGCCAGGCAGCCCUGCUAAAGAGGAGGCUCUGGUAGAACUGGCAGGAGACAAGGGCUCAGGAGGAGGAAAGGUGCUGCGCUCCACCACUGUGUUUCUCUCAGAUGCCGAGGAUGACGAUGAUGACGAGGAGGCUGCAUCUCAGAGAGCAAAGAGAAGAAAUAGAAAGAGGGAGUUGGAGCGGGAGGAGGUGGAGGUCAAGAAGGAGAGAUUAGACCCUGACGUGGAUUUGGAACUCGAGGCCCAAGCUGAUCCUCCUUCCCAACUUUCUAUCGCCAUUGACCAUAGAGGACUUCCAAGUGGCAUUCUACACUCCCUCCCUCUGUCUUUGUCCCUGGCUCCAUUCUCUACUCAAUUCCUUAGCCCCUAUGUUCUCUCACUCCCUCCCUCAGUGGUUGGGCUUGGAGUUGCAGAAGGAGAUGGAGGCAAAGUACCUGCCUUUCCAAACCCUCCUAACAUCACCCGGUUCUCUGACCCUCUCAUUACAUCACCACUCUCCCUCCAUACCCACACCUCCCACUACAUGUCUAAUGGUGGAGACUGUGAGGCUGCUUUAGAUCUCAGCAUCAGGAAAAGCCACAGCUCAACAUCUGCUUCCUCCACCUCUCUCAUGGGUGACAAGACUUCAGCACAAAAGGGCCGUCUGCUUGACGGGCUAGGUCUAAGACCCACAGCUUUUGGGUUACCUGAAGAAGGGAGACUCGGUGUGGUCAAGUUCAAACCUGAGCAAGCAAUGUCCAACAGCAGUGGCUUUGCCCGUGGCAAUAAUAUGGCUAAGGCCAGCACUGUUUACAUGAGGGCAGCAGAGAGGUUGAACACCUCCAUAAUUGAGAGAGAAAAGGAGCGGGAGAGGGAAAAGGAGAGGGACCAGAAAGGCAGGCCCAAAGCACGGCGGUACAGGGACAUGAGACGUUCCAGGACCAUCAUCCAGGCUGAGCAGCUUGAUGUGCUUUAUGGCUGCUAUUUCAAAGAUCCAAAUCCUGGGAAACAUGAGUUUGAGCAAAUAUCAGAGUGGGUCCAUCUCCCAAAGAAAGUUGUACAGAUCUGGUUUCAGAACAUGCGGGCUAGGGAGCGCAAGGGUGAGGUUCGCUUCGUCAGUGAUGGCACUCUGGCAGCAGUGGGCAAACCGCUCAUCAAGUUCACCUGGCCACUGUCACAACCCAUUUUCUCCAGCACCCCCAAAUCAAACACCAACUGUAGCAUCUCAACUGUAGCCAAUCCAGUACGGGCCCUCCCAAAGACUGAGGUGAAAGAGGAAAUUGUCAAAAUCAAAAACCAAGUUCCUAACAGGCCCAAGGAGGUGGCCUCUUCCAUUUCCUCCGUGAGCAGCAGUGUGUCUGCAGUGCCAAAGACCAAAAUGGAGGUGACAAACAAUGUCACAAUGGUCAAAAUCGCCCCGAAAAGCAUCGCUCCAUCUCUCCCUGUCGUACCCAAGGAGACCUGUCCUACCCCGCCUUGCCCCCCUCCCAAACACACACCUGAAGAGGAUGUUGGGGAAAAUGACUCUGAUGAAGAAGUGGAUGAUCAUAACCAAGAGAAGCCACUAGCUGGGCCUGGAUCCACUAACCGCAUGGUACCAAAAAUGCCCUCCACUCCAAUUAGCAAGUCCCUUGCUGCGACAUCUCAAAAACAAAAUGGGCUCAACUACUGGUCAGCCAAGGGCCCCUUUAAGAUCAACACGCUUUCUAGGGAACAGUUGGGUCUGUCAACCCCCCGUGCUCCCACAGUUGUCGGCGCCACUGCUGCCACCACUGCUCUCAAUAUUUCUGCUGCUGCCUCUACCGUAGCAACCACCACCACAGCAAGCGCAAGCCCUCAGACCACUGUCAGCAUUGUCACCAUCGCCAAGACUGCUCCAUCGGAGGGAAGCUUCCUGCACCACUCCACCACCCGCAGGCCGCGCACACACCUGUCCUGUCUGCAGCUGUCCAUCCUGCAGUCUUGCUAUGAGACGUGCGCCCACCCUAACGCACUGGAGUGUGAGGCAGUAGGGACGGAGCUGGGGCUGCCACUCAAGGUGGUGCAGAUCUGGUUCCAGAAUACCCGCGCCAAGGAGAAACGCUGGAGGCUGCAGCAGGAGAAACUGUCUCCAGUGUCAUCAGAGAAGGUUGACAUGAGUGCAGGGAGCUAUCUGCAGUACAAUGCUCUGCGAGCCCACCGUCCUAUCCUUCCCAAACCGGUUCAGCUGACGGUCCUGGAGCCAUCUUCUCCCCCAGCCAGGGGCCAGCCAGCAGGUCGAGAGAUGCUGAGAGGCAGGUGCGAGGCCUGCAAUGCAGGCUUUGAGUCCAGAGCAGCAGCAAGAUCCCAUGUCUUCUCCCCUCGACAUCUAGCCACUCUGAGAACCACUAACUUUGGCCAGCCGGCGACCAUCAUCAACAACGGAUCUGAUACCGGGUCCAGUUCUGUCUCCGCCUUAGGGUCUGUUGUAGAGGACCCUCCAGCUUCCCCACCCCCAGCCAGCAGCACCAGCUAAGGCACCCGUUGGUGCUGGUAGAGACUCGGGACCCAUUGGGCUCCUUACAUUUUAAGAAACAAAAAUUGGGCACUGGUCUUCCAAGCUAAUAUUCUUUGGUUUCCGAUGUUUGGAAAGGCCCGGUUGCCCUUUCUCCCUCUCCUUGGACGUCAUUCUGCCGAGUUCUUGUUUCCAAACUUGACUCAUUUGGAUACACUGACUAUUGUUACACUGCUUCACGCUUAAUCAAAAGUUAUCAAAUGACUGAUGAACAUGUACCAGUCCCCUUUGAUAUGUUUCUGGUCUGCAGUUAUAAUCCUUGUCUCAUCCUUGUCCUUAAAAUUACUCUUACAAUACUUGUGUAUUAUCCCCUUAAGACUGCUUAUGCAAAACGAUUAGGCCAUUAUAUGACAGACUGCAAGAUUCUUAUCCUCAUAAGUGCGCCUAGAAAUGGAAGUUUUAAUAGUGGACCAGGCACUUGUGUUUGAGACUGGGUCUGAUAUUACAUUUCCCACAGUAUACUCCUUCCCAAGUCAUUUUGUUAGUCCAACUGCAUCCUAUAAGACUGGGACUGCUGGGAUUGACUGUACAUGGAUAGAUUUGACCAGAACAAAUGAGAAGUAGCUCUGUUUUAGUGGCUUUGAACGAAAGCGGUUUUGAUUUUAUCUGUAUCCCAAACUUUUUGUUAGGAUACAGGUGGAGUGUGUUCAGUUAGAGAUGGUGUAUUUCACUUUACUUGGAUUUUAAAGGUACUUUUAACUGGUUGUGACUAGAAUUGGCUUGUUAAACUGAACAGAUUAUUAUCCCCUCCUGUUAGCACAUUGCCUGCGGCUGAAAUGGUAGGAUAUUCCCUAUAUAGUGCACUACUUUUGACUAGAGCCCUAUGGGACUAGAGACCAAUUCACUCUGUUUUCAUGACAAUCCUCUAUAGAUGGGGGGAGAAGAGGCUGAAGAGGGCAGACUCUCAUUAUACAGCACUUUGAUGCGUUUCACAUUGUAUGAAACGUUUUUAUUCUUAAGCAUUCUUAUGCAGAGUGUCUUUCUACUUAAUGAAAUAUGCGCAUGUUGGAUGUCUUAUGGUGAGUCACAAUAAUUAAAUUGAAACAUUGUUUUGUUGCAGUCUGUCAAAGGUAUGUUUUGGCUUAUUAAACUCCAAACAAAAGACGGAUCAGACCUUAAUGCCGUGCAAGGAGAGUCUUAGUCCAGUCACUAUUGUUAAAUUAUUUCCAAUCUAUUAAUUCAUUACUGGUGUGCAAGAUCUAUUGAAUGAGUAUGUGGAGCAAGAAAAUUGUAUGUUUCCGCCCUUUUUUCUUAAUUGGUCAAUGAAAAUAUCCACAACGGAUCAUUGCAUAAGAUUGGAACAAGUGCUAUUGCUUAUAACCAUCAAUAUACAUCAACUUCCUGUGGAGGUCAAAUGAAAAAGGCUUGACCAAGAAAAGAACAGGGUUUGAAUUUUUGGGGUUUAAUUUAUAUAUUUUUUUGUCUUGAAACAUAUGUGGUUGCAAGCUAAUACUCGUCAUCUUUGUACUGGGUAGAAAUAAUGCAACUAGUCCAGAAACCAAGAGAAGGGAGUCAGUUUGGUACUCUAGUCACCUUUUGUAAGCAAUAGGGACAUACAAAAAGUCAAGACGGAGCUAACGAAGGUGCUGUUUGGAGGACACAUAAACUACUAAAUAUGUUUUCCUUCGGUUUUAUGUUGUAUAUUACUGUUAUUAAUAAUGUUACUAUUAAUAGUUUUAACAAAAUGCUAAACUAAAUGAUUUUUUAAAAAGAAAUAUAUUACGAAAAACUGAUAUUCCAAAGUUACCCUUCCUUUUGCUUUCUGUCAUUUAAAAAAACCAAAAAGCAAUCUUGAGGUUGGCAGAGAGCAGGAGAGAUGUUCUUCAUGCAAACUGUAAAGUAACUCCCAUGGCUUGACACUUGAGCCAGUCCAACAUUUUUACCAUGAGCUACAGAUUAAUGCAUUUCAGCCUUCACAACAUGAGGAAGGCACUUUAUUGGGCUCAAAGACUAAACGUUUUAAAAUGUCCUCCAUAAUUACUAAUCUUUUUUUAAUGGUGUGGAGCUGUAGCAUUUGUCUAAAACAAGGACUGGGUUGCAGGGCUUCAAGUAUGGGAUUACACAAUGUUGCAUUGUCCAAGGUAGAUAGGUUUUAUGGAGAUCUGCUUUUUAUUCUAAUCAUUUUUCAUUGUCACUUGAUUAUCACAAUUGUUAUAACUGUACUACUUCUGCUAUUGUUAUCAUUACUCAUCACGGUUUUGAUUAUUAUUGAACCAUAACGGUUUUAAUGAUGCCUCUUUUCACAAGAAAGAUGGUAUUGGUAUGAAUAUUGAACAAUAAUGGUGGCAGUGUGCUUAAAAGAUGUUUAGAAUAUUGACAAAGCUUAUAUUUUUCCUCACUUGUACUUUCAUUUUGUGUUGGAUCUCCCAUUCAGUUUUCUUUUGGUAUACAGAAAACAAAUAAAAUAAAUUGAACAACAAAA